CAAAGACCCAAAACAAAGGUCAAAAUAGUCGCAAAUCUCAAAGCCCAUCUCUUCUUCUUCUUCUUCACUCUCUCUCUCUCUCGUCACCACCACCACUUAACACACUUCCACUGAUUCCAUCUUCUUCUACUCAUCAGAAGAACAAACCUUUCUCUCUACUUCUUGAUUCCAUACUAUCAAACUUCUCUCUUGCUUCUUGUUUGGUUUCCUCCUUUACUCUGUUUCUAGGUUUUACUCAAAAUCCAAAAGAAUGGGAAGUAAAUGGAGGAAGAUGAAACUGGCUUUGGGUCUCAAUCUCUGCACUUACCUCCCAAGAACCUUAGAAGACUCACCUCCUGCUUUGAACUCCACAGAGAGAUUAUCAGAUGUUGCUCUGCUUUCUCCUCUUAACUGGCCCAUGACCCCAACACCGUCCUCUCACGGCCUCAAACUAUCCAGAAGCAGCUCUAAAAAAUCUUCAAAGACAUGUUCUAUAUGCUUGAAUAAGAUGAAAGAAGGAGGAGGACAUGCUCUUUUCACAGCAGAGUGUUCUCACUCUUUCCAUUUUCACUGCAUUGCUUCAAAUGUGAAACAUGGGAACCAAGUCUGCCCUGUUUGCCGUGCCAAAUGGAAAGAGAUCCCUAUGCAGCAUCCUCCUCCUUAUCUCUUUGCAAGACCUUAUAACAAUGAUGCAGCUAUCAACCUCCUCCAUCGCUUACCUACACCUCCUCGUCGAGUCAUGAACCAAGGACGUGUCCAAGCUCCUGAACCUUCUAUGUUCAAUGACGAUGAACGUUUAGAGCAGCAGCUUGUAUUCUCCAGGAAGAGCUUGGAGGAGAAUGAUAAUGUAAAGAUGAUGGAGUUGAAAAUAUAUCCUGAGGUUUCUGCUGUACGACGAGGUGAGUCUCGUGAGAAGUUUGAUGUAUUGGUGCAUCUUAGAGCUGCUGGUAUGGUUAAUGGAAACGCUCGAGCUCCACUUGAUCUUGUCACGGUUCUUGACAUCAGUGGUAGUAUGGCUGGAACUAAGCUUGCUCUUCUCAAACGAGCAAUGGGAUUUGUGAUUCAGAAUCUUGGUUGUAAUGAUAGGCUUUCUGUUAUUGCUUUCUCUUCAACUGCUCGUCGUCUGUUUCCUUUGACUAAGAUGUCUGAUGCUGGAAGGCAGCGAGCUCUUCAAGCUGUGAACUCAUUGGUGGCAAACGGUGGGACUAACAUCGCUGAAGGUCUUAGGAAAGGUGUGAAGGUGAUGGAAGAGCGAAGAGAUCAAAACCCUGUUGGUAGCAUUAUACUUUUGUCUGAUGGGAGAGAUACAUACACCAUGAACAACCAGCCUGAUCCUAACUACAAGCUGUUGCUUCCUUUGUCUAUGCACGGUUGUGAAAGCAAGAGGUUUCAGAUCCCUGUUCAUUCUUUUGGUUUUGGUUCAGAUCAUGAUGCUUCGCUGAUGCAUUCUGUCUCUGAAACCUCUGGAGGAACAUUCUCUUUUAUAGAGAGUGAAGCUGUGAUACAGGACGCUCUUGCACAGUGCAUUGGUGGACUCUUGAGUGUAGCAGUGCAGGAGCUAAGGUUAGAGGUUGAUGGUAUUAGCUCAGAUGUUCAUCUCAGCUCGAUAAAAGCUGGGAGUUACCCUAGCCUUGUGGGUGGUGAUGGUAGGUCAGGACGUGUUGACAUUGGUGAUCUUUACGCUGAUGAAGAGAGAGACUUCUUGAUUUCUAUCAACAUCCCAGCUCUAAGAAGUGGAGACGAGACACAGCUUCUGAAGAUGAGAUGUGUCUAUAAAGAUCUUUUGACAAAGGAGGUUAUGACGCUUCAGAGCCAUGUCCUCAAGAUUCAAAGACCAGAAACCGUUGGUCAAGAAGAAGCUGUUGUGUCCAUAGAAGUGGACAGGCAGAGAAACAGGUUUCUAGCCGCAGAGGCAAUGGUGAAGGCAAGAGGUUUAGCAGAGGGAGAAGACUUAGCAGCAGCUGUUACUGUUAUCCAAGUGUUUAGACAGGUUUUAGCAGAGACGGUCUCAGCUAAAUCCAACGACGCGUUUUGUGUUGCUUUGGAUAGAGAGAUGAAGGAGAUGCAAGAAAGAAUGGCGAGUAGACAUGUCUACGAGGUAUCAGGAAGAGCUUACAUUCUCUCUGGACUUAGUUCACACUCAUGGCAAAGAGCAACAUCAAGAGGGGAAUCAGGAGAUGGCUCUACCUUUGUGCAUGAUUAUUAUCAGACUCCUUCAAUGGUUGAGAUGCUACACCGAUCUCAAGCCACAUCAUAUCAUAGACUCGUCCAGCCAUUGCUAUCGUAUGUAUCCCAACCAAAGCCAAGGUGAAAUGAAUGUCAGAAACCAAGGUCUUUAGCUGUAACAUGUUCCAUCUUUUUUGGGGGGUUUUUGCUCUGUAAAGAAAUAAGAAAAAAAAAGCAGGCAAAGUGGUUUUGAAAUGUGAAUCUAAAUUUGGGGCUGUCAUGUUUUUUUUUGUAUGGUGAUUUUGUUUCAACUUCUCAUGUAAUGUGUAUAUUAUUAUUAUAUGUAUGAAUUUGGCUAUAAAAUCUUUGUUCAGA